AAACCCUUCUUCACAAAUUACAAUACUGCCACUGUCUUUCUUCUAAAAUUCAACAGAAAAGCUGACGUGGAACGCCGCCAUAACAGAAUGAAACUGAAAUUCACUUUUCCCUCCAAAAACCGCCACCGAACCUCCACUUCCGCCUCCGUCACCUCUCCACCACCGCCGCCGCCACCUCCACCGCUAGAAUCUUCCCUUCGCAACCCUUUCGAACCGGAUAUAAACCCGCCACCGCGCAACUACUUGGAAGAAAUAGUCAACAAACGAAGACGCAUCGAAGAAAACCAAGACGAAUCACUCCUCCAUGGCUUCGAACUUCAACAACACGUCGCAACGAUUCUUCAAUCCAACGAUCUUUCAUCGCUUCAAGAAGUAAUCGACGAGUACGCGAAUUCCAAGGACGAAUCAUUAUUCACAAUUUUCAAAUCAUUCGCACAUCAUUACCCUAACGCAUUCGCUUUGAAACUUGCAAAGCUUCUAGAAUUUCAACCUCCGAUUCAAACGAGAAUCGAAACCGUUAAUCAUCUUCUUCAAGUUCUUCCCGAAGGAAUUAACGGUCCUUUCAAUUCUAUUAUCUUACUCGAACUGAAGAAUCCUCUUCUUCAUUCGCUUAAGGCGGAAUCUGAAGAGAUUCUGUUUCUUUCGCUAUGCGAAGCGAUUGGUUUACUUGCUGAUAGGUUUUACCGGUGUUCUCUUGGUGGUUGGGUGGAGCUUCUUGAGUAUGUUCUCGCUUGUUUUUCCAGUGAAGUGCAAUCGGAAAAUAAGAAAGGGCUUUUGUUGUUAACGGUAAUACCGGUGGAUGUUGCGAAUGAGAGAGCAUUUUGGUUGAAUCAAGGGAAUUUUGAUCUUGUGUUUGGGAGUAUCUUGGAAUGGACUUAUCGGGAUAAGGAAUUGAAGGGAUUGGCAUACAAUGCAUCAAUUUCGUUGAUGUUAUUGUCGCAGGAGCUUAAGAGAACAGAUGUAUGCGAUUUUCUGUUGCCGAAUUUGUUGAGUAUUAUCGAUGAACAUGGGGAAGAAGAGGUUUUGGUGGAUAGGGUUAAGCGUUUGGGCGAUUUAGUUACGUUGGAUGAUGAUGGAAAGAUCUUUGCGGGGGUACAUCGUGAAGUGUUUUGGUGCAUGAUUCGUGCAGUGGAGAUAGAAGCUGCGAGCGAAGAGGUGAUGUGUGAGGCGAUAGUUGUUAUCAAGGAGUUUGAUACGGUGGAUGUGGAGACGAUGGAAAGUGUGAUUGGGAAUCUUUCUCUGGAGGAAGUGAAGAGGGUAUUUGCGGUUGCUAUGAAGAUGCUAUCGUGUGUUAUUGAUGAUCCUCUUUGGUAUGAUGUGGAUGAUAAGAAUUGUACAGAAGCGGGGUUUUCCGAUGCUUUCCAUCGUGGACAGUUCUUGUUCAAUUUCCUCUCUUUAGAUGGGGAUGAAUAUGUGUUUGUUCCCACUGCAAUUGGGAUGAUAACAACGAAAUAUGCAUCGAAUGUUGAUUGGCGGUUACGUCAUGCAGCUAUGCUUGCCAUUGCUUCAAUUGCAGAGAAAAACCUCAACGAGAUGGACAUGAUGCUAUACUUUAACGAAGUUGCGAUACUGGUCCUUAAGUCACUGGAUGAGCCGAACCACCGAGUACUUUGGGCUACUAUGCAUGCAGUUAAGUGUUUGAGUGAAUGUAAGGAACUAUUAAUGCGUUCUCAAUAUCACAAGAAGUUCUUGGAGAAACUAGUUCCUGUCAUCAGGUGUAAUUCUUGUGCCCGUGUGCAGGUUGAAGCUAUUGAUACCCUGAAAUCGUUUGCAGUUUCAAUGCAGGAAAUUUUUCGCCAAAAUCAUUACGAUACAACAAUGGAAGCAUUGAAAGCUAUUUUGUCCAAUAAGUAUAGUUUACCCAAAUUGUUGCUCUGUGCCAAAUGUCAAGAAUGCAUGGUUUAUCUUGUUAGGAAAGUUGGGCCAGAUGAUUUCAAAGAGCAGGAAGCUGUUCAGGUGGUGGAAUCUCUAAUAUCACUUGAUGGAAAAUUGAGCAAUACAGAAUACUUAACAAAAUGUAUCAUUUUAAAGGCUUUGGAUCAAAUCUGUCAAUGCCCAAAAGUGAGUGUUGACAAAUUUAUAGAUAAAAUUAUGCCAAUGUUGAUUGCAUGCGCUCAGCCGCUUCUUGACUUAACAGGCGAGGAGACCAAUGAUGAUAGCCUAAGCAACGAGGACAAGCGUUUGGUUGAAACAAUGAGAGCCCGGGCUUGUAAUACAUUGUCACAUUGUGCUGUUCGGUCAUCUAUAAACUUUUCCCCCCACAUUGCCAAGGUCACUCCAAUGUUUAUACGUUUGCUUGGUUGUUCUAGUUCUGAAAUUCGCAAGGCUUCUAUUUUAGGUCUUCCAAAACUAUUACUCUCAGCUAUAUUAGGUGACAAAAGUAAUGACACUAAAAGAGAUACAACUUUCAUCAUUGUGCAAGCGCUGACUCAAGUGCUGAAGACGGAAACUGAUAGGGAUUUGUCUACAUUAGUAUUGAGGUUACUUGGCAGAUGCAUUGAGACCUCUAGUACAUUUUUCACUGAUCAAUUGAUCAAGAUUGUUACUGACGAGAUAAACGAUACAAUAAGAAGGAUUAUUAAAUUUGAAAUAGAGAAAGCACAAGAGUCGGGGAGAAGGAUUAUUAUAGAGAAAGCCCAAGAGGUGGGGACCUCGGAAGAUGUAUUUAGAUCUUUGUCAGUGCAAGAAACAAUUGAGGAAGUAGUCAACUUAACAGCAACAGCAAUUCACACAUUUGAAGACCAACUCAUGGUACCUGUUAAUGACCUCAUGUCAAAUGUUUCCGUGUUUUUGGCCCAUGACAAGCCAGAUAGAGUGAUAGCUUUUGCAAUUUCCAUUUUUAACGUUAUCUUGCCACUAUACCCAGACAAAUUGCCGCCGUAUCAUAACAAAUAUAUUUUUACCUCCUGUCAUGUUUUAGAGAAAAAUUAUCCUUGUGCGCAGCUGCAUGCUACACGGGCGUUUGGUAUCUGUGCUAUGUAUGGAGGAAAUCAAUUUAAAUUCUAUGCUAGUGCGGGUAUCUCAUAUCUAAGUAAAGUCAUCAGUAAAGGACUUUCAACUAGUGAACUAUAUGAUACCGCAGUUGCAGCUCUUGGAAAAAUCUGUGAAUUUCACCGUGACAAUACCGGCUCUAUGGUAGUUAAAAAAUGGUUAUACUUCUUGCCACUGAAGCAUGACUUAUAUAUGCACAUGGGCUGCUUUCUAAAUUGAUACAAAGGUCAGAUGAACACCUAUUUGGAAGUUAUAAUGAGAAUCUUCCCAAGAUUAUUUCGGUCGUAAAAGAAAUUUUAUCUGGACAUAACCGCCUGGGAACUGAGGAAGCUAUUAAUCAGAUGAUGGACUUCAUAGUUCAACAUGAGGGAAUGGAAAUUGGAACUGAGGAAGCAUCAAGCACUAUACCUUCCUCUAGUUAUUAGGCUUCAAUUGGAACUGAAGGAGGUGCAUGAUUUUUUGAUUUCAAAUUGAAUUGUACAAUAGAAAAAGAAAGGAAGAUUUCAAUCUUCCAUUGUGUAAAGGUACAGAAAGAUUUGUACAUACAAUUACGAAUAAUAUAACCACAUUUUUACAUGCAAAUAAUAAUAAUGGGCAAUAGCUUUUUUUUUUUUUU